GUGAAUUAUGUAGCCAGCUGCCAGCAGCGCCAAAGAAAAAAAAUCUGGUGAUUCAAGAUGGCGACUGCCUCAAGAUUUAUUCAACGACUGCGGAAUUUCUUCGCAGGUAGGGAUCUUCAAGCUCAUCUGAACAACCGUUAUGCUUAUGGACAAUCUCCCAGGACACAACCAGAUCCUGUGCUCCCUGAAGGCCCUUCUCAUCGUCUGUCAGCAAACUACUACUGCUCAAGGGAUGGAAGGAGAGAAUCACAAAGACCAGUCCAUGUCUUCUCUGCCACUCAAAGACUUCCUGCUCCUCAGUCACAAGAAGAAGGAGAGAGUGCUGUUGGACCUGCACUGAAGAAACCUGUGAUACCUGGCCCUCCUCCUCCUGCUAUGAAAUUAUCAACGGAUGAACCUUAUCUAUGAUAUUACUUCAUGUAUUUGAAAGGGAUGAAGGAAUGGGACUCUCCUGCAAAUUAUGAUAAAAAAUAUUUUAAAUGGCAAAGAUAUCCUGGCCUGUUGCAGGGCUCAUUCUAGUGUUGUAUUGUUAAAUUUCAGACAUAUCACUUUAAUAGUAACUGAGUUUCACCGGGCUGUCAAGUCUCCCUGAUUUGUUUGGGAGACACUCCAUGAAAUUUAAUUGAUGUUUGAUUGAAAAAAUGCAAAUUUUCAACAUCUCCCUGAUUCAUACAUUGAUAUCUUACAUUGGACUGGAAAGCGAGAAAGAUCUCCUUCCUUCUUCAGUAAAUUAUCCCUGCAAGGUUGGCAUCUCUGCUUUCAAAAGAUUAUUCAAAUAUCAGUAUUAGGCUAUAUCCAUUCUCCUAGAACAGGCUAAGAACGGCAGCAUAUUAGGAAUAUGGGAUACCUUGAUUCUGCCAUAUUUGAGAAACAAGAUGUUUUUGCAGACACACUUUUUGACUCUAUAUGAAGUCUUAGGAGUUUUUAUGCUUUAUAUAAAGUAGUUGUGAAUUUCCUAUCAUUUAUCCCUUCGGCUUGAUAUUCAUUUCUUGAAUCAUUUGUUGCCCAGGCUUACAUUGUAAAUAUAUCAAUAAAAAAUAUAAACUAUUCUAUAC